GUAGGAAGUGGCGAGCCGAUCGAAGCUGUUUGCCUGCCUCCCGCACUGCCCCUCCCAUGCUCCUGUUGUACUCGGUGAAUCAGUCAUCUAUUUAUGCCCCGUAUGUCUGUGUUAUCUCCAGAUUUUUGUGCUUUUCUUCGUAGAAUAGAAACAUUUACAAAACAUUCAAAAUUGUUCUAAAACCAUGACGUACGGUAGAGUAAAUUAGUCUGUUGCGAACAGGGAGCCCUCAACCUACGAGAGCAGCUGUGUCCUGCUGCUGCCAUUUGAACCCCGGAGGGCAGCCCUACAACUGAAAAGCAUUCUCUUAAGUAAUAACCGUCAGAGACGUAACGGAUAUAGCGACGUCGUGACAGAAAUGAGAAUAUGAGUAAUUCUGGGAGGUUUCAGAAAAGCAGCCAAAUACGAUGAAAAACACGUGACUCGGCGGUGAAGGCUUACUUAACCGGUUUAAAACCUGGAGAGAAGGCGGCUUGUAAGGUGCUUGGUGGAGGAGGAAGCCAGAGUGUCCCGGAGUGUAGGAAGCUGGGGAUUUCGUCCCGGCUCUGCCUCUGAGCUUGCUGGGCCAUCUGCUUCCCACCCUGCCGCAGGCUCCUGGAGUGGAAAACAAGGGCGGUCACGUUGGUGACUUCCAAGAGUGAAGUGUCUCAGGCUGGGCGUGGAGAUCUGCGGCAGUGAUUGGAGGAAACACCGCGCGAGCCCCGGUCCGGGUCAUCGCGUCCUGCCUGCACCGGAGGGAGCUUUGCCUCGGGGUCGAGCAAACGCAGAAACUAAUCUACCGACAGAAACCGUCUCCGCCAGUCAAGAGACCCUCACAAGCACUUUGCCAUGGAUGUAGAAGAAGAAGAAAACAUGAGUUCGAGCAGCACAGAUGUUAAGGAAAGCUGCGGUCUGGACAGCGCGCCCCCCACGGACGGCAGCGCCCCCGGGCCUGGCGAGGGCGCCCCGCUCUCCAACGGGGGCGGUGGCGGCACCGGCCGGAAGCGGCCCCUGGAGGAGGGCAGCAAUGGCCACGCCAAGUUCCGCCUGAAGAAGAGGAGGCGGCCGCCGGGGCCCGCGCUGCCCAAGAACGCCCUGAUGCAGCUGAACGAGAUCAAGCCCGGCCUGCAGUACGCGCUGCUGUCGCAGACGGGGCCGGUGCACGCGCCUCUGUUCGUCAUGUCCGUCGAAGUGAACGGGCAGGUGUUCGAGGGCUCCGGCCCCACCAAGAAGAAGGCCAAGCUGCACGCCGCGGAGAAGGCCCUGCGCUCUUUCGUUCAGUUCCCCAACGCCUCCGAGGCCCACCUGGCCAUGGGGAGGACCCUGUCCGCCAACACGGACUUCACGUCCGACCAGGCUGACUUCCCCGACACGCUCUUCAACGGCUUCGAGACCCCGGACAGGUCGGAUGCGCCCUUCUACCUGGGCUCCAACGGGGACGACUCCUUUAGUUCCAGCGGGGACCUCAGCUUGGCCGCGUCCCCGGCACCCGCCGGCCUCGCGCAGCCUCCCCUGCCCGGCCCUCCGCCGUUCCCGCCGCCGAGCGGGAAGAACCCCGUGAUGAUCCUGAACGAGCUGCGGCCGGGGCUCAAGUACGACUUCCUGUCGGAGAGCGGGGAGAGCCACGCCAAGAGCUUUGUCAUGUCUGUGGUGGUGGACGGCCAGUUCUUCGAGGGCUCGGGCCGGAACAAAAAGCUCGCCAAGGCCCGGGCUGCGCAGUCUGCUCUGGCGACCAUUUUUAAUUUGCACUUGGAUCAAACACCGUCUCGCCAGCCCAUCCCCAGCGAGGGCCUUCAGUUGCAUUUACCGCAGGUGUUAGCGGACGCCGUGGCUCGCCUGGUGCUGGAUAAGUUCGGUGACCUGACGGACAACUUCUCCUCUCCUCACGCACGUAGGAAAGUUCUUGCCGGCAUCGUCAUGACAACAGGCACAGAUGUGAAAGAUGCCAAGGUGAUAAGUGUCUCUACGGGAACAAAGUGCAUUAAUGGCGAGUACAUGAGUGAUCGUGGCCUUGCGUUAAAUGACUGCCACGCGGAGAUAGUAGCUCGGAGGUCCCUGCUCAGAUUUCUUUAUACACAGCUUGAGCUUUACUUAAAUAGCAAAGACGAUCAAAAAAGGUCCAUCUUUCAGAAGUCAGAGCGCGGCGGGUUCAGGCUGAAGGAGAGCGUUCAGUUCCAUCUGUACAUCAGCACGUCUCCCUGUGGGGACGCCAGAAUUUUCUCACCGCACGAGCCGAUUCUGGAAGGGGCUGCUCCACUUGCUUCCCGUGAGGAGAGGAGAGGACUUUCACCUGGCCUUCCUCUCCUAGAACCAGCGGACAGGCAUCCAAACCGCAAAGCCAGAGGACAGCUGCGGACGAAAAUAGAGUCUGGCGAAGGCACGAUUCCGGUGCGGUCCAAUGCCAGCCUGCAGACGUGGGACGGGGUGCUGCAGGGCGAGAGGCUGCUCACCAUGUCCUGCAGCGACAAGAUGGCCCGGUGGAACGUGGUGGGCGUCCAGGGCUCACUGCUCAGCAUCUUCGUGGAGCCGAUUUACUUCUCGAGCAUCAUCCUGGGCAGCCUCUACCACGGGGACCACCUCUCCAGGGCCAUGUACCAGCGGAUCGCAAACAUAGAAGACCUGCCCCCGCUGUACGCCCUCAACAAGCCUCUGCUCAGCGGCAUCAGCAACGCAGAAGCACGGCAGCCAGGGAAGGCACCCAACUUCAGCGUCAACUGGACGGUGGGUGACUCGGCCAUCGAGGUCAUCAACGCCACGACGGGGAAGGACGAGCUGGGCCGUGCAUCCCGCCUGUGUAAGCACGCCUUGUACUGUCGCUGGAUGCGUGUGCACGGCAAGGUUCCCUCCAGCUUGUUACGGUCCAAGAUUACUAAGCCCAACAUGUACCAUGAAUCCAAACUGGUAGCGAAGGAGUACCAGGCCGCCAAGGCGUGUCUGUUCAAAGCGUUCAUCAAGGCGGGGCUGGGCGCCUGGGUGGAGAAGCCCACAGAACAGGACCAGUUCUCUCUCACACCCUGACCUGGGGCCUGGGGCCGGGGCUGCUGCGUCCAGCACUGUCUCCGGAACGUCCCGUCUGGACCGGGGGCAGGUGUGGGGACGCGGGGUGCUGGGCGUCCAGCGCUGUCUCCGGAAGGUCCGGUCUGGACUGGGGGCAGGUGUGGGGACGCGGGGUGCUGGGCGUCCAGCGCUUUCUCUGGAACGUCCCGUCUGGAUUGGGGGCAGGUGUGGGGACGCGGGGUGCUGGGCAUCCAGCGCUUUCUCUGGAACGUCCCGUCUGGACUGGGGGCAGGUGUGGGGACGCGGGGUGCUGGGCGUCCAGCACCGUCUCCGGAACACGUGUCUGGACUGGGGGCGGGCACGCACUUCGGGGAGGGUGGGGAGGGUGUUGGGGUUCAGUGUCCCCACCUGGCCCCCCUGUGCAGCGGCAUUACCCCUUUGAAUUAUCCAGUGACUGCUUUCAAUCUCCGUUUACGUUUAGAAAUUGAGUUCUACUGAGUAGGGCUUCCUUAAGUUUAGGAAAAUAGAAACUACUUUGUGUGAAAUUUUUGAAUAAAUAAUUUAUUCAGAGUUAGGAACGUGGUUUAUAAAAUAAGUAAUUAUAUCAGGUCACUCUUACACCACAUUACUUUAUGUGUGGAGAAGGGGAGAGCGUAGGGAGAGGUUGGAGGCGGUAGCCUGAAGAGAGCGUCAGGGCUGUGUUACUGGUGGGUCUCCUGCCCGCCCGCUGUGACCCGGCUGCCCUCAGUGACUGUCCCAGCCUGCCCGGGAGAGGACCCUGCACGACAGGCCCAGCCCAGUGCACACACGCGGCCCCUGGCGUGGUGUCGGCGUGCGUCCGUGAGGGUGCAACCUGGAUCCCUCUAACCUUUAGCCCCCCCGGAAGCUUCUGUGCCCCUCCUAGGGUUGCAUCGUGGAAACGUGUUGGUUCACUUCUAAGUGAUCAAAGGUACAACGUGGGUGGUAAUCCUGGCCAUUCAUUGGAGAUUUUUCAGCAGUAUGUAACUUUUAGGGACUAGGAGGAAUCCACAGAGGCUACUGCACAAUUUUUUUCCUUCCUCUGAAUCUAAUGAGUGUGGAUGACUCUCCAGACAUCUUCACAGAAUGGAAAUAGAAUUAAUUAGGUAGAGAUACUCAUUCUUAGAAAAUGCCACUUAAGGCAUAUUUUUAAAUUAAGCUUUAUCAAAGGCGUGUUUGAAGUCAGUAUUCAGGCCAGAAGCUGGUGAGGCCACAGACGCCGUCCCCACCAGGGUCUGCACAUUGAUUGUCACGGCAGGGAAGGGGUGCUGCUGGCGUCGGGGUGACCCGGGGACGCUGCUCCACACCCCGCAGCACCCGGGGUGGCCCCGGGCCGAGCCGGCAGGUGGUCAGGAGCGCGGGCUAGGGUCCUGGGUGGCGCCUCGACCUGAGCUCAGAGAUUUGCACCAAUUGCCUUGUUUCUUCCACUCAGGAUCAGACAGGAGCCCGAGGCGGUGCUGGGUCAGAAGUGGGGGGGUGGGCCUUGUGGGUGCAGCAAGAGACGGGAGACCCCACCCCGCCUUUCUGGACUCAGAAGACCUGGGACAGGAGCAGAGCAGCUACUGUCCCCUCGGUCCUGACCCCACGUGCUCAGAGCAGGAGAUUCGGACCAGAAGUGCAGAGACUCCCGGUGCCUCUGUGGGUCCCCGGGUGGCCGGUCACAGCCGUGGGUCCAGACCGGGGACUGACCAGGGGCAGAGGAGCGGGCCCUGCCCACACCAGCCCGCUCUCCUGCAGCUGGGGUGCAGGGGCGCGGGGAGGCCACGGCCGGGCUGCGCCUUCCACCUGCAGCAGGAAAGCUGCCGGCCGGUGUCGCUCCCCUCCCCGAGCGGGCGCCCCCAACUCAGACGACAUCUGUAGCCCCUGCGUUUUUAUUCUCUCUACAAAUGGUAUUUUUUCUAACGGGGAUCGGGAGACGGACUUAGUUUUUACUUAGUUUUACUGGAUUUUGACUGAAAGCCCAGGGGAAACAUACUGCGUGUACAUGCAAACGCUGCCCAGUAUGUCUGGCUUCUUCCCUCCCGUCAGGUAAAGGCUGAGGGCAGUGUGGUCCUCUCCCUGCCCCAAGUGAAGAGAGAUGGCCCUACGGUGUGCUGGUCCCAAGGACCCCAGCUCCGCGGCCACCGAGACUCUCCCCGGCACGUGUGGGCCUCGUGGGCUGUGGAGGACAGCGCCCGGGGUCGGGAGGGAGGGAGCCGUGCCCAGGACGGGACAGCAGCCGGAUCAGCUCCCCCGUGAGCGGGAACCAGAGGAAGGAAACGUUAACUCCUCAGGGAGGCGGGAGGCCAGUCAGGAAACUGCACUUUAAACAAACUGCCCUAUUUGAGGCUCAGCGUGCAUCCUGCCCCGUGACUGUUUUCCGAGGUAUUAUUUUGCACACUGUGCCCUAACCCUGGAUUUCAGAGACUUGGGAAGUCUGACACCACCAAGAACCUGAUUGAGAAAAAUCAGUUGUGAAGACGUUUUGCCCAGUGGGGGUUGGGAGGGUUCUGUUCUGUUUUGUUUGCUAAACCUGAAGUAUUAACUCCAGGAAGACAGGGACCCUCAUGUGGUCCCCAGGCUCGGGGACAGCUGUCCCACUAGCGGAAGGCCCUUUGCGCCUGGGGUGGGGGUAGGGGGCCAGGCACGCCACAGAGCUCCGUUCUGAUCCUGAAUCUUAAUUGCACUUUUCAUCAUGUUUUUCUGUUUUGGAGAGUUUUAUUGAUUUAUUUAAUCAAAAACAGUUGCUGUAUCUUAAAACGUGCAGACUGACAUCUCACAAGGCAUUGAUUUCUCUGGAAUGUAUUUUCGUUCAGAUGAUUUCCUUGGUACCCACACUCUAGACUCACUGCUUUCUUCGUAAAGACAGCGUUCCUUGUCAUCCCAAAUAGGGACGCCGAGGAGGGGGCGGCUCUCUGGCUCCUCAAGGCAGGCAGAGCUGAGGGGGAUUAGUGAUGCUGGGGGCGGGGCCACACACCGCGUCCCCUUUUAUCAAAAAACAGAAAUCGGAUGGCUCUUCACUUCUAAAAUAUUUCACACCAAAAAAAUACGGUCUGCCCCGACCAUAAGUUUGAUCUAGCAAGAGGAAUAAAAGCAGCUGGCUUUCCCAUCUGUGUGAAGUCAGAGAAUCUCUCAGAAGGUUCCUUUUUGUCAACCCCAAACUACCUAAGUGGAAAGGGCAGAGUAUUUGCGACCUUGUGUGUCCAGUGUUGUGUGUCCUUGUCCCCUGGAGUGUCCUGUGACCCUCUCCAUCCUCCUGGCCAGUCACGUGCCUCGGGGCUGGGAGGGGAGGGUCUGACUCGCUCGCGGCAUUUAGCUGACCUCUGGCACUGCCGUGUGCACUGUUCACUGUUUGCAGCGACGACCCCCAGCCCCCAGAACACUUAGCUUGGCCACGCCGCGGGCUGAUGGUACAUCGCGAGCCGACGCCUGUCCUUCUGGACGCGACCACGAAUGGUUAAAGUCAGUCUGCGGAACGUUUGUGGAGUGAGCCCGGAAGCAGUUUGCUUCUCCAGAUAUUGGGUCAUCUGCUUUUAUUUUACUUUAUUUUAUUUUGGAAUUUGGACACUUUAUGUGAAUGUAGUUCAGCCAAGAACCCUGUCGCUACGAUCCACUCCCCAGUGUUCUCUGUAUGUAUAUUGAUGUAUAUACCACACGUUACAACCUGCAUGAGCUUCCUUCUCGCAGCGAGACCAGCCGGAACCAAGCAUGAGACGCGGUCCUACACACAAAGGAUUUGACAUGUUCUCAAUAAAAGACAGUGUUAUACCA